CAAUUCCCUCAGAUGAAAAUCAUCUUCUCUGCCAUCAUCCAGUGAUACCAGUGGAGGUCUGCCCAUCCCAAGAAGAAGUGGACACGCCUGUGCUUGUGUUGGAACAAGCCCUGUGUAGGUGACAGUCUCCACCUCUCUGCAGGAUCUGAGAAAGAAGAACUUGACGCUGCUGACUAGCUCAACUCCAGCAUUUAACUCCAAAAAGCCAAGAUGCCAGAAACAGCAGAAGCCGUGUCAGCCACUCUCACCACCAACAGAAACUGCACCAUAGAAAUAACCAAUGUGAGCAGCAACUACUGCCUCAUCAACCCCAAGGUCUACAUGUCAAGUGGCUUCAGUCACCACCCACCCCAGCCUACAGUUCGUCCCAGCAUGACCGAAGUGUGCUCCUUCACCAAGGAUGACAACACUGCCACGGGCGCUGUCGGUUUGCUGACCUACGACCUGUUCCAUAUGCAGAGCCGGGUUUGCUCCGAGCGCAUGGCCAUCAUGUUCUCUGUGCCCUUUGACCAUAACCUGUACAAUAACCGGCUGGCCGUAGGCAUGGUUGAGCAGUCCCGUGCUUGUGACAAAAAUCUGUACGACCAGAUGUAUGAUGGGAAAGACCUCAGUGGCUUUACCCGUUCUGACACAAACGGUAGUGGGCUGGAAUACAGAGCCACAUCUGUUGAUUUGAAGGCCACAAUGUCUACUAUUGGCAAAGCCAUUGUUAAAGUGGAGCUCUACGAUAAAAUGGGUCGUUAGUGUAAAAGAGUCUACUCCUUUUAUGUUGCUUUUGUACCCUGCAGAGUAAAUAAACUCCAUUUAAUUUGA